CUUGUGGGGCCCCUGGGCAUUCCUUCAAUUUUGUGGGGAAGUGCAAUGCCACGCGAAGGGCUAAACUGUUUCCUCACUACGCGUCAAUCUUAUUCACUCUUGAGGCGCAGGAUUCGCGCUUCCAGAGAGGCGGGUCCACACCGCAUCCACCGACAGUCUUCUUCUAGUUUAAGUAGAAGCACGUCUGCUCCGUUGACGUCUGGUCAAAGUGGUCUCAAAACUCGUCAACUUGAGGACCAACCUCUCCCUUAGUAACCACCAUCAUGGGUUUCCUGGGAGUGCUGGAGGACAAGCAUCUCCAACAUGUCCCUGCUACCGUCAUCCUCAAGGAGCAAGAGUCUCAAAACACUUUGGAAGGCACAGCAGGUCUGAAGCAUGGCACUGGAAAGGAUGCGGAUAUCGUAUUGAUCCCACAACCCUCUGAAGAUCCCAACGAUCCCCUGAACUGGUCCACCACGAAGAAAUGGAUCAUCAUGGCUAUUGUGGCCUAUGGCGCCACGCUCUACGCCUCCGUUCUCGCGCCGCUUCUCUCCCCCGCCCUCGUCGUCAUUGCUCUCGAUUUCAAUGUCGGCGUCGCAGAUAUCACCGUCAUUUCCGGAUACAUGCUUCUGGUUACAGCAGCUAGUGGGCCGCUCAUCUGUGCCUUUUCUAGGAAAUACGGCAAAAGACCCUUUCUCAUUCUGUCUUCGAUUUUCGGGCUGGUGGGCACAAUUGUAGGGAGUGCGGUCAACAGCUAUGAUGGCUUGCUUGCAGCUCGUAUCAUCCAAGGCGGCUCCAUUUCCGCUUUCGAGUCCUUAGUUGUCUCAAUGAUCGGAGAUAUGUUCUUCGUCCACCAGCGCGGUGUCUUCAUGACGCUGAUCCAGUUCAUACUGGGUGCAGCUUCCAAUUUCAGUGCCAUCAUCGUCGGUCCGAUUGCCACCAACCUGGGCUGGCGCUACCUCUUCCACAUACUGAUCGCCUUCACUGCGUUGGAGACUGUUCUUCUCAUUCUUUUCGUUCCCGAAACGCAAUACAACCGCGACCACAGGUACGAUAUUGAUGAGCUAGCGGAUGUUAAUCUGGAAGCUCUUGCCGCGGCCGAAAAGCGUCACGCAGGAACAGACAGUUCAGCGGAAAGCCCAUCAAAAGGGAGUGGCUCAGACGUGGUUAAGGUUGAGACAAGGACAAGUACUCCGCCAGCGCUUCGACCGAAGAAGACAUUCGUUCAAGAGCUAGCCGUUUUUACUGGCACCUACAGCGAGGAUAACUUGUUCCAGCUCUUCAUCGCCCCUUUUGCUGUCUGCACGAAUAUGGCGGUGUUGUGGAUGGUCAUAGUGACGGGCGGUCUCACUGCCUUCUUCGUUGCCCAGUCGUACGAUAUGGCCCAGAUCUUCAUGUACCCUCCUUACAACCUAAGCGCAGCCGGCGUUGGCUACCUCUCCCUGGGGCCGUUCAUCGGUGGGCUCUUGGGGUCAUUUUUGAUGGGCUCAACCCUUGACCCCGUCACAGUCAAGUGGUGUGCGAAACGGAACAACGGAGUCUACGAACCGGAAUACCGCCUACUGGGUAUGGUUCCAUCCAUCCUUGCCGGAGUCGGCCUUUUCGCCUUCGGAUACAUGACGCAGAACCAUUUCUCCUACUAUGCCACGGCAGUGGUGCACGGCAUGGAUCUGUUCGGCAUCGUCUGCGCAGCCGUCUCCGCAUCCUCCUAUGUCAUUGAUGCGUAUCGCGACAUGUCGUCCGAGAUCUUCAUCGCGAACAUGGUGUUCAAGAACUUCCUCUUCUACGGCUUCAGCUAUUUCGUCAAUGACUGGACGUUUAGGGAUGGCCCCGCAAUUGUUUUCUUCGCCUUUGGGGCGGUGGCUCUUGCAAUGACGCUGUCGGCGCCGUUGUUCUUCUUCUGGGGGAAGCGAUACAGGAGUUUCUGGCAUAGGCAUAAUUUGUUGGAGAAGUGGGGUAUUAGGACGCACGCCGAGAUGUGAAAGGCCGGGAAUGUCUGUUAUUAUGACUUACGAAUCGACGUUAGUCGGAGUUUUGUUCUUGAAGCCAGUAUUGCAUCAGAUGUGACUCUCAGCCGAGGCAUCGUAUGAAGAUUGUUGUUACUCUAUCGAAAAUUCAAGCGAAGCUGGCUCGGCCUGAGCAGCCGCUAAGCGUUUGUCCGGCGUACGCCAACCGCAAUAUUCGUGCCCAAAUCAACACCUCGCUGUCGCUACUUUUCCUGUAUAUGAAACCCGCCAAACAUAGAUGCUUUCGCAUC